AUGUUCAUCAAUUGGUGCGACUAUAUUAGCCCGGGUUAUCCUCCCUAUAGCUCGGCCCUCCAACUCAACCACGAACUCUCAGCGCUUCCCUAUGGCAACACGGAGGCACAGGCCAUUGCUCGCGCAGAGGUAUCAGAGCAAUGCGCUGAGUUUAUCACUUUCCUUAAAUGUACGGAGCAGCUGGCCCUGGUGCAGGCUGGCAUGCAGCGAAACCCAAUAUCAAGGAGCAGGCUGCCAUUACGAUAUUCGGUCUUUCUUCCAGAUCAGCUUCUGCACAGUCUUCUUGCCCAUGCCGAAGUGCCUCGAUGUACGGAAUCAUGCCGAUACCAGCAGACUAUUCCCAGAUUGGCUGCCCUGAUGACCAUCAACAUCGCCAUCUGGGAGUAUCGACACUCUCCCGAUCUCUGCGAACAAUUCUUCCUCGAACUUGUGGAGAAUGUAGCACGUGGUGGGUUGGCUCGUCACGUAUCUAGCGAAGCAGUCGUGCAGACUCUGUUGAGUGGCAGCAAAUACUCUUCUCUGCAGAAUACGGAGAGACCGUGGUUCGUUGGUAGGAUGUUGCAAAUUGCAAAGCGCUUGUCGCGACCCAGCUUUGAUAGGCUUAAAAAGUUGCUGUUCUCCUUCAUGACACUGGAAAGCGACCUGAAGCCGACAAUGGAGAACUGGCAAAACGACUUGCGGCGGGAAAUUCAGUGUAGUCCCCUAGUCAGUUGUUAUUCGCGCUUCGCACCUCGCGCUUGA